UUGUGGUUUCUUUUCCUCCCAUGUUCGGUGUUCUGUAAUGUCUCUUUCAUUGCUUGAGAGUACUUUGCAUGGGUUGUCCCUGUGAAUGUCUGGAGCCGCCCACAUUGCCGUCUGGUUGCCAGAUGUACUAUAGUUCUCUUUGGCCCCCUCAAGGGCUGGGACUGUUAUCCUGUCACUAUAAGAAGAGAACCAGAGAGGCAUUGAGCGAGACAGCAGAACAGAUAACUUUGGUGGCACAGAAUUGUGUUAAAAGGGCUUCUUUUAAUGUUUUAUGGAUUCUGCUGGCAACAGGACAGCGAGUUUGUAUUGUAAGGAUUAACCGAUAAAGCACGCUGAAACUGAGAUGCAAAAGCCCAAGGAUGUGAGCACACGCGGCACAGACGUGGGACACUCUGUGCAGAUUAUGGGUGCGAGCGCCAGUGCAACAUCACAGGCUGCUCUGCUUGCAUCUACACAACAGGCUGAUCACCAAGGUAACGGCAUGGCAGAGGACAGGCGCUCACUACAGUCACUGAGCAUUCACAACAGCAAAGCCAAGUCCAUCAUCACAAACAAGGUGGCCCCUGUUAUCAUCACAAAUAACUGCAAGGAAGAGUUUCAGAUUCAUGACAAGAUCCAUUCUGCCAAUUACUCACUUGGGAGAAUAUCCGACAUGCUCCCUGAGCACUACCUAGUGCUGGGGGAGUUUUUUAUGGUACAGGAUGUAUACGAUAGAGCCGAUGUCUUAAAUACUACAAAAAGCUACGGGGCCCCAAACUUCCGCAAAGUGAAGGGAAGUUACCCACUUUUCGGAAUGGGCCAACCCAGUCUGAGUGGUUUCAAACAGGUCCUCCAGAGAAUGCAGAUUGAGAACUAUGAGGAGGUCAUUUUCAUCUGCGUUAGGGAGGAACCAGUGGUCUUCUUUCAUAUAGAUGAGGACUUCAUUCCAUACACUCCCAGAAAAAGAGAGAAUCUCCAUGAGAACCUGCAUGACCUGGACAAAGGGCUAAGUGCAGAACAAAUGGAGCUCUCCAUCCGGAAAGAGUUAUGUGACUUGGCCAAACUGAGUGAAAAUAUGAUCUAUGUCUAUAAUGACAUUGAGCACUUCGUAGACGAACCUCAGCGUGUUCAGAUUCUGUCAGAGGAGGACGUUCACGUCACUGAAGAGGUCUACAAAAGACCACUUUUCAGUCAACUGUUGCACAGAUAUUACAGGCUACCACUCCCCAUGGAAGGGGCACCAAUGGAGGAGACAUUUGAUGCCUUUGUUAAUAUACUCAGAGAGACCCCCAACCUCUCUGUGAUGCGGAAUAGUUCAAGACCUCUGCCUGCACUGCUCUUCAGCUGCCAAGUGGGAGUGGGACGUACCGAUCUUGGUUUAAUCCUGGGUGCCUUAGUCUUGCAUCACCUGCAGGGGGCAUCACAAACCCCCAGCACUCUCUCUCACAGUCAUGAGGAAGUGAACAGUGGACACAAAUUGAAUUUCCAAGUGAUUCAGUUGCUAAUCAGUCGUCUACCCAAAGGUCAGCAGGUCCUGGAUGAGGUUGAGGAUGCGAUUGCCAUGUGUUCGGAGAUGCAGAACUUUAAAGAUGCUGUGUUUGAAAGCAAACUAAAGCUGGAAGGCAUUGGGGUAGAUCACCAGAUUCAGAGGUGCAGUGCAAAAGAGUAUUUCCUGCAGAAAACACUGCAGAGUCUUGAACGUUUCCUGUACCUGCUAGUUUUCAAUGCAUACCUUCAUGAUCAGUAUCCACAGGCAUUUCCCCAGAGCUUCAGUCAUUGGAUGCAUAUGAAUGCUUGGAUCUACAGAUUGCUGACCUCCGUAAAUAACACGGAGUUCUCUGCACCAGUCGACCUUAUAACUGAUGGGAUCAGAGUUCUGGUAUCCAGCGAAUUUUUAGUAACAGAUCUGCUCAGUACAGCCAAGGACAUGAAAGUGGCAAAUUUCAGACGUGUUUCAAAAAUGGCUCUGUAUGGAAUGGGCCAGCCAAGCUCAGAGGCUCUGUCUUCUGUGCUGUCCUACCUGACAGACCAAAAACGAAGACAUUCUGGAAUUCUCUGGAUAAAUUUACAAGAGGAGCUUGUGUUGGAGGAAAAUGGACAAACGUUCACGCCGAGAGAACCUGGCUAUUUGGAGCAGACCAUUCCAGUGUGGGUUCAACACCCAGGGCAGCUUCAGGAACUAGAGCUGGCGCUGAAAAACAACAUCCUACAGUCUGAGAAGUGGCUGGAGGUCAUUACAGAGCAGGACAAACAAAUGAGGAUGCUGAAGACUUGUCACACCAUAGAGGAGCUCUUCACUGAUCAGAAGAAAAUCCAUCCUGGUCUCACCUACCAGCGGAUUCCUCUAUCUGAAUAUUGUGCACCUAAAGAAGAGGUUUUUGACCGGUUGUUGGAAGCCAUGAAAAGCAGUCUGGCUGAGGAUCCCUCCUGUGCUUUCGUCUUCAACUGCCUUGAUGGGAAAGACCGAACUACUGCAGCCAUGGUUAUUGCCACACUCACCCUGUGGCACAUUAAUGGCUUUCCAGAGUGCAGAGACGACGAGAUUGUAAGUGUUCCAGAUGCCAAGUACACCAAGGGAGAGUUUGAGGUGGUGAUGCACGUCGUGAGGCUCUUACCUGAUGGUCAUCGUGUAAAGAGAGAAGUGGACACUGCUCUGGAUAUUGUCAGCGAGACAAUGACCCCUAUGCAUUACCAUUUACGGGAAAUCAUCAUAUCCACUUACAGACAGAUUAGGACGGCUAAAUCGGAGGCUGAUGCUCAGUGCUUGCGGUUAAAAAGCCUGCAGUACCUUGAGCGCUACAUUUAUCUCAUCUUGUUCAACUGCUACCUCCAUCUGGAGAAGAAAGACUCCUGGAGGAGAUCCUUUAGCCAAUGGAUGCACGAGGUGGCAGCUAGAGCUGGCAUCUAUUCCAUCCUCGACCAUCUGGGCUUUUCUGAGUUUGAGAACCCUGAAGACUCUCUGAUGGCCAGACUGCGUUUCCGCUGGCUCCCACACAGCAUCCAGUCAAUUCCCAUGAGAGGGAAACUUAUUUAGAAAGACACAACCGGCCAAGCUCACUACAUGCUGAAUUUUAUUUCAUUACUCUCUUUUAUAAUAAUCGUUUUCAGAACUCAUUAAACUUUUUAAAAGUUGUCUUAA